AUGGCCGCCACACCCGCCCCAGACCCGGCCGUUUUGGCUCCAACCUCCAUGGAGAUGGUCUCCACCACCACACCAAAACACAUUGAUUUGGUUUACCCCUGCGUCCCUUUUGACCAAUGUACCGCCGGGCCUUCGAAGCCAGUAACCCUCGGCGGUCACCCAAGCAAUUCUCAAGACUCAUGGGGUGACAGAGAUGGACGACACCGUGGCCAGGAUUCAUCUUCUUCACCCGUCUACUGUCGGAGCUCGCCUGGAUGUCGAUGCGACUCGUGA